AUGACCCACUCGUUUAACUCAGACUCCAACUCUGACCCUACCGAGGUGUCGAAUGAGAAAGCGCAGUGCGGCCUUGUCAAGCGACUGUUGUGCACAGACUGCACAUUGGAGAUCCAUACUCUCUUGGUGCAUAUCUUUGUAGGUGUAGUCUGUCGCGGACCUGCCGGCAAUGGCUCGCGCGUCGUGGGUUCGCAGCCAUCAUCGCUGUUGCAGGAAGGCUUACGAGGACUCAUCAUCUCGCCCGUCACCACAUUCUUCCUAAAGAUCGGAUAUUGCUGGGCAGUCCGAACCAUGGCGAUCGUCCGCGUCGUCAUCCUCAUCCCUGCAUCAGCACUAUUCAAGGCCGGUGUCGAGCCUGGAAAGGAUCGCGCGAAACGACUAAAGUAG